CUGCGCUGCACGUCCCCCAUCGUUCAGCGCCACCGGGCCCUCCCAGCCCCGCCGCCUCCUUCUCCUCCGCCCUGGCUCUCUCUCCGCGCUGGUAUCAGCCUCGGCGUCCCACAGAGAAGGCAAGACGUGGGAAGGUAGAGAACCAGACCAGGCUUAUCAGGGAUUGCCGGGAGAGGGGAUGCAGCCCCUCCCCAGGUCGCACCCAAGGCGCAGGCAAAGGUCACGGAGCAUGCGUUGAAUACCUGGGGCGGCGACCCCUCCCACGCAGACGGCUCUCAGCUGGCCUCGCCCAGCGCCGCCUCCUUCUGCUGCCCAGCCGCCUCUUCCCGCCUCGCCUCGCCCCGCCCCAUCCCGCCCACGGGCUCCCAGUGGGCGGGACCAGAGGAGUCCCGCGCUGGGGGACUGUCAAGGCCGUGACCCGGGUUUUAUUGCCCUAGUGGCCGAAGGGGAGCCAACAUGGCAGCGGGUUUCCGGCGAUGCUGCGGGGUCCUGAGAAGUAUUUCUCGUUUUCAUUGGAGAUCACAGCAUACAAAAGCCGAUCGACAGCGUGAACCAGGAUUAGGAUUUAGUUUUGAGUUGACUGAACAGCAGAAAGAAUUUCAAGCUACUGCUCGUAAAUUUGCCAGAGAGGAAAUCAUCCCAGUGGCUGCAGAAUAUGAUAAAACUGGUGAAUAUCCGAUGCCCCUAAUUAGAAGAGCCUGGGAACUUGGUUUAAUGAAUCCGCACAUUCCAGAGAAUUGUGGAGGUCUUGGACUUGGAACUUUUGAUUGUUGUUUAAUAACUGAAGAAUUGGCUUAUGGAUGUACAGGGGUUCAGACUGCUAUUGAAGGAAAUUCUUUGGGGCAAAUGCCUCUUAUUAUUGCUGGAAAUGAGCAACAAAAGAAGAAGUAUUUGAGGAGAUUCACUGAGGAGCCGUUGAUGUGUGCUUAUUGUGUAACAGAACCUGGAGCAGGCUCUGAUGUAGCUGGUAUAAAGACCAAAGCAGAAAAGAAAGGAGAUGAGUAUAUUAUUAAUGGUCAGAAGAUGUGGAUAACCAAUGGAGGAAAAGCUAAUUGGUAUUUUUUAUUGGCACGUUCUGAUCCAGAUCCUAAAGCUCCUGCUAAUAAAGCCUUUACUGGAUUCAUUGUGGAAGCAGAUACCCCAGGAAUUCAGAUUGGGAGAAAGGAAUUAAACAUGGGCCAGCGAUGUUCAGAUACUAGAGGAAUUGUCUUUGAAGAUGUGAAAGUGCCUAAAGAAAAUGUUUUAAUUGGUGACGGAGCUGGUUUCAAAAUUGCAAUGGGAGCUUUUGAUAAAACCAGACCUGCAGUAUCUGCUGGUGCUGUUGGAUUAGCACAAAGAGCUUUGGAUGAAGCUACCAAGUAUGCCCUGGAAAGGAAAACUUUUGGAAAGUUACUUAUAGAGCACCAAGCGAUAUCAUUUAUGCUGGCUGAAAUGGCAAUGAAAGUUGAACUAGCUAGAAUGAGUUACCAGAGAGCAGCUUGGGAGGUUGAUUCUGGUCGUCGAAAUACCUAUUAUGCUUCUAUUGCAAAGGCAUUUGCUGGAGAUAUUGCAAAUCAGUUAGCUACUGAUGCUGUGCAGAUAUUUGGAGGCAAUGGAUUUAAUACAGAAUAUCCUGUAGAAAAACUGAUGAGGGAUGCCAAGAUCUAUCAGAUUUAUGAAGGUACUUCACAAAUUCAAAGACUUAUUAUAGCCCGUGAACACAUUGGCAAGUAUAAAAAUUAAAAAAAUCACUGUAGAAACAUUGAAUAACAAUCCACUGUUUCAGCUCCAGAAAAGAGAAAGGGCUUUAACGUUGUUUCCAGUGAAAAUAAAAAUAAAUCCUCUUAUAUUAAAUCUAAGCAACUGCUUAUUAUUAGUAGUUUAUACUUUUGCUUAACUCUGUUAUGUCUCUUAAGCAGGUUUAGUUUUUAUUAAAAUGAUGUGUUUUCUUUAGUACUACUUUACUUGAAUUACAUUAACUUAGAAAAGUACAUAUGUUUUGUUAUUUUGAUCUCUUAAGAUUAAUAUCACAGAAAUUUCUUGGAAUUUUAUUUUUGUAAUGACUGAAAAGUGGGCUUAGAAAGCAUUCGAGAUGUUACAAAAUUUACAUUUAGAAAAUAUUUUAGUAUUUGAAUACUAUCAACUUGUCAGUGACUUUGCAGACUUAAUGAUAUUAUUAAAGUUCUUUUUACUGCAGUUUGGAAAGCAUUUGCUUUCAGUUUAGCACAGAAACAGUCAAAAUUUUGACAUUCAUAUUCUCCUAAUUUACAGCUACAAGAACUUUCUUGAAAAUCUUAAUUCUGAACCCAUAUUUCACUUACCUUAUUUGAAAUAAAUCAAUGAAGCUUGCCUUAAAUUAUUUUUAUAUGGCUGUUGGUCUCUAGGUAGCCUUUGGUCUGUUUUACACAAUCUCAUUUCAUAUGUUUGCAUUUUGGCAAAGAACUUAAUAAAAUUGUUCAGUGCUUAUUAUCACA